CUGUAAAGUCUGCAGUUACUCCAUCAUGAUGACAAAAACCUCAGUCUAACUCUGGAUACCUGUUGAGAGCAGUGAGGAAAAGACAGAAAGUGAGAAAAGGGACAAAGUGUGUAACAAGGAACAACUAUAGAGAGAUAGAGGAGGGGAAGACUGACAGAAGACAGGACACUGGACAUUAUCCACUUGGAAGUCUCAAGGACCACAGAACAGCUGCAGAGCUCCAGACCAGUAUCCCUACCAGCCAGCCCUACCGUCUCCACAGCAGAGGUCCAGACCACUAGCUCUACCGUUUUCCCCAGCAUGGCUCUCUCCGGGCCGGGUGGCUUCCUCUCUGAGGAUCAGUUCAUCUGUUCUAUCUGCCUGGAUGUGUUCACCAACCCAGUCUCCACACCCUGUGGUCACAGCUACUGUCUGGACUGCAUCUCCACUUACUGGGAUGGAGGAGGAGGGAAGACAUGUGUUUGCCCGCUGUGUAAGGAGAGCUUCAGGAAGAGGCCGGACCUUCACAUCAACCGCACCCUGAAGGAGAUCACCGAGCAGUUUAAGAAGAUGGCGGAUGGUUUGGACAGGGGGACCAUGGUGAUUGAAGGAGGGAUUGGGAGUCAAGGUUGGGGUGGCGGUGGUAAUGAAGGGGUGUCAAACGGGGUUGAGCGUCUUACGGUCCCUCAAAGACCCCCAGGGAUGGGCGUGAUGCCUGGGGAUUUGUUGUUGGAGAUGAAGACCAGGUUCCAGCGACCUUCGAACUCCAGAACCCCUCCGCCUGUCCUCCACCCCCACCCGACCUCACCCUUCUCCUCCAACACCACCGCCCUCUCGUCCCCCGCCCCUCCUGUCGCCCCACGCAGAUACACCCUGAGCGGGCCGGCGGAUUCCUCCGCCGAUGCGCCUCUCUGUCCUGAACACCAGAGGGGGCUGGAGUUCUUCUGCCGGACGGACCAGACGUGUGGGUGUGCCGUGUGCAUGGAGGGAGAGCACCACGGACACCAGGUUAUACCAGCCAAGAGAGAGUGGCUCAUCAAGAAGUCUCAGUUGGACAUCACAGAGGCGGAGCUGAGGGACAUGAUCACACAGAGAGAAAAGAAGGUGGAGGAUAUCAGGGCAUCACUGAAGGACAUACAGGCAUGUGCGGAGCAUGAGACAGAGGGCAGCAUGCAUGUGUUCUCUGCCCUGGUGAGCUCUGUGGAGAGGAGCCAGGCAGAGCUGCUGGAGGUGAUAGAGAUGUCACAGAGGGCUGCACAGAACAGAGGACAGACCCUCAUCAGAGACCUAGAGCAGGAGAUCUCUGAGCUGAGGAAGAGAAGCGCCACCCUCACCCAGCUAGCCCAGUCUGAUGACUACGUACUUUUCUUCAAGACAUUCUCCACCCCGCCUCAGACCAGGGAUUGGUCGGAUGCUGUCGUGACCUCUGACCUCACCUCAGGGGCGGUGCUUCUGACUGUCAAUCAAAUGGUGGAGCGGUUUCGGGAGGAGCUCAAGAGACUGCCGGAGAUCUGUCUGCGUCCUCAACCUCAAACAGACCAAACCGUGGGGAGAUAUAUUCCAAGGUUGCGUCCUCAACCUGAACCAGACCAAUCUGUGGGAAGAUAUAGUCCAAAUUUGCUUUCUCAACCAAACCAUGCUGUAGGAAGAAAUAGUGCAAAUUUACCUUCUCAACCAGACCAGUCCCUGGGAAGAAGUAGUCCAAAUUGGCUUACUCAACCUCAACCAGACCAGUUAGUGGGAAGAAAUCCAAAACCAAAGGUGAGGAGAGUGCAGGAAUAUGCAGUGGAUGUAACCCUGGACCCUCUCACCGCCCACCCCCGCCUGCUCAUCUCUGACGACGGCAAGCAGGUGCGCUGCUGGGACCACUACCAGCCGGUGCCGGACGGCCCCGAGCGCUUUGACCGUGUGGUCUGCGUCCUCGGGCGCCAGGCCUUCUCUUCAGGACGCCAUUACUGGGAGGUGGAGGUGGGUGGGAAGACGGACUGGGACCUGGGCGUGGCUAGCCACUCCAUCAACAGGAAAGGGAAGAUCACAGUAAGCCCCGCCCACGGCUACUGGUUCCUGAGUCUCCGGGAUAAGAACGACUACGCUUUCCGAACGGAACCGUCGACAGCGCUGGGCCUCAACCACAAACCCAACCGUAUAGGGAUCUACGUAGACUGUGAUAAGGGACAGGUGUCGUUCUAUAACGUGGAUGCUAAGAUGCUCAUCUAUACAUUCACCGACAGCUUCUCGGAUGCCAUUCAUCCCUUCUUCAGCCCUUGCACCAAUAAGUCUGGCAGGAACGAGGCGCCGCUCAUCAUUUGUCCUGUCUCGAUGCCUUUGGUGGACUGAGAUGGGUUUUAGAUUUUUUUGUUCAUUCCUAAAGGUAGUUUCCUUCAGUCUGUCCUUGUUCAAUGUUCUUCACUGAGCCAAUAGGACGGGACUGGAUAGGUCAAAGCAAUAUGGUGGAAGCUAUAGCUGAUGCGCCCAAUAUGCCCAGAUGUCUCAUGUCAACAUAAGGAAGUGAACAAGGCCAGAGGAGAGGGAACAAUUUUCUGGAAUGAAAUACAGUCUCUUAGAACUAUUCAUAAUGACCUCCUGUGUUCUAUGGAGCUGACCAAUGGAUAAUCUGGAUACUGAGUCUGGAUUGGACUGAUCAUUUUGACCAAUACAACUGACUACAGUCCAUCAGUCUGAGAAUUAAGGAUUUCACCAUCUGUCCUUAUCACACGAUGGAUUAAUCUGUCUAUAUUGGGUCAUAUGUAUCUCAAAUGGCACCCUAUUCCCAUAUAGUCUGCUUCUUUGACCAGAGCCCUAUGGGCCCUAUGUAUUGCAUUACUAUAGGGAAUAGUGUGUUAUUUGGCACAUAACCACAGUCAUACAAAUAAAACAUAUUACUUGUA